AUGACCAAGUUGCAGAAACAGCAGCCGCUAGACUCUCCGGGCAAAUCCAACGCGUCGGCACCUCUGCAUACCGCGGUCCCCUAUGAACGCCUGCCACUGUCCGCGCAGCAGCCCGUGCUUGUCACCACCGCCGUGAAACCCAGUUCCUACAAUGAAUUUCCAUCCACAAACCCAUUCUCUUCGAAUUAUCUCCCACGAGCAGAGCCGGCGGCGGCGGAUGGUAACCCCUUCUUACCAGUGUCUCCUUUGGAGGAGUCGAGACCCGUUGAACGACUUUCGCAGCCACAACUAGUUUCACCACAGACGCAGAGAUCUGAUGCUGCUCCAAAAAGAUCGGUUGGCCUACGGCGUCUCGAUGGAAAGCCAUAUUCUGGCUCCCAGCCGGCAGCAAAACCGGCCAAGUCAGUCAAGGUAGCAAAGGAUAUGUUUGACGGCGCGCUACCGCCCGUCUACAAGCGUGAAGCACCUGAUCCGAUUAACCCUGCCGUGGCCGCACAGGCUCUUGCGUCGAGGCCGCAUGAGUGUACAAAGUGUGGAAAAAGGCGUGGUGAAGGGCAUGCUGGGCAUGACAACGGCUGCACCCAAUGCGGGAAACGCAAAGUGGGUGCGACGCCCGAUGCUUCGGCCCCAGCUCCUGCGAGUAUCCCUCCUGUUCAUGGGCGUAAUACCUCUGAAGGGACAAGGUCUCACCAAUCUAAAAACUCAGAGAGCACGGCAGGCCCUUCCGGUUCCCCUAGCUCAGUUGUUUCAGGAUGCUGUGCCAAAUGUGGUAGACACAAACGACCAAUGUCCUUUGAUCAAGAAGGCAGCACGAGACUCGGUCCUGCUCCUGCUCCUGCUCCUAUGCAAGCAACCAACCAACAAGCGGUGAGAAUCCGCCAGGCUGGGCUAUCGAUCCAGCCAAUUGCGGCACAAUCUCAAAAACCCGUGUUUCCGCAGAUCGAUGUCAUUCCACCUUCGGCAUCCACUUACAGGCCGGUGAAUUCGCCCUUCACAACCUAUGGAGACGAGUCUCCUCUGGUAGGAAAAGCUACCAAGCAGGAAUUCAAGCUUUUCCGCAACUCCUCCCUUGUCCGUUCGUUGUCUCGCCGUCUAAGCAGAAAGGACAAGAAUUCCACGGCGCCUCUACCCAGCCAGCAGCUGGCCGGCAAUCAGAAUCCAUCUGGCGAGCAAAGCGCUGGAAGGCUGAUCAACAUGAUCAGCAGCGCGAUGCAGGUGUCGCCGAUUGAUCGUGAUGCACACUACUCCAGGCUAGACACCGUCGAACAGCCGGAUCGUCCCGCAACACCUUUCUCGUUUGUUGGCGCGAAGGAUGAAGACGAUGCCUUCGAGAUGGUAGAUCUCCGUGACAAUGACUCAUUAUCCGGCCCGAAGAGCAUUAAAGAUACUGUUCAACUCGACGUCUCGGCAACUCAUCCAGGCCCCGAUCAAUCUGCAGUUCCGCAGGAUAGUAUCGAUGUCAUUUCCAGGCCGGAGUCUGCAGAGACGCGCCGUCAACACUUGUCCGUGGAAGAUGCUCAACAGAGGCCUCAAAUCACAAGGUUCAAGAGCUUGAGAGGCGGAGUUUCCAGGAUGAGUAGCACGGUCAGCAGGUCCACAAGCCUGAAGAGAUUGGGCAGUUUGAAGACGGUGCAUCAUAAUUGGUACAGGAAUGACAUGGCUAUUGAGGGCGCGUCUGGUGACAAUGUCAUUGCUGCUUUCUAA